AUGGCAAAAAAAAGUAUAGCGUGGAAGUUCUUUGAUAUAAGCACGACUCCUCAUAUGAGUAAGUGCAAACUAUGUGAUAGUUUAAUUACGAGAGGAGGAAAGUCUUUCAAGUCUUAUGGAACUACAGCAAUGGUAAAACAUUUGCGUUUAAAGCAUUCCAAAGAGUUUGAACUUGCGGAAGAAAAAAAAAAGGUUCAAUCGUUGCCGUCUAUUUCUGAAGCCUCAGUUGCUUGUACCACCAAUACAGUACAAAGUAACAUUAUUCAGGCUUUACAAAAAAAAAAACAGUGGAAUAUUGAUAACCACAGAUCUAUUCGAAUCCAUAAAAUAAUAGGAAAACUUAUCACAUUGGAUAUUCAGCCAUUUUCUAUUGUUGAAGAUACGGGGUUUAAUGAACUGAUUAAAGAUGCUUACCCCAAUUACAAAUUACCAUGUAGAACAUAUUUCAGCCAAAACGUAAUCCCUAGCAUGUAUGAUGAACUUUUUAAAGAUAUAAAAAUAAAAAUCUCCGCGGCAAAAUAUUUGUCUCUGACGACAGAUAUUUGGACAGCGGAUACUGCAAAAAUCGCAUUUUUAAGCAUUACUGGACACUGGAUAGAUCUAACUAAAUUUUCCCAAAAAACUGCUGUUCUUCGAGUAAUUCAUUUUCCGGAAAAGCACACAGGUGUUCAUAUAAAAGAGUAUUUACAAAAAGGUUUAGAAACUUUUGAAAUCCCGUUAAGCAAAAUUCAUCUUAUUGUUACCGAUAAUGCAAGCAAUAUAAAGGCUGCAGUAAAAAACAGUGGAAUGUCAUCAAUUCCAUGCUUUAUCCAUACUUUGCAGCUAUGUAUUCAUGACUCUAUAUUUAGCCAAGAAAUCAUUAAGGAAAUUUUAACUUUAUGCAGAGGAAUAACGACACAUUUUAAUCAUUCACCAAUAGCAUGUGCAAAAUUAAAAUCAAUUCAGCAGCAGUUAAGUACUGUACCUCACAAAAUGAAACAAGAUGUUCCAACUCGCUGGAACAGUUCAUUUGAAAUGCUACAAAGAACGUUUGAACAAAAAGUUCCUUUGGCCACCUGUGCAGCAGAAUAUGAUGAAAUUAAACUUCCUACUAAUUAUCAAUGGGGAAUAGUCGAAAAACUUGUUCACAUUCUUGCUCCAUUUGAAAACUUAACAAAAAAAUGUGGUAGGAGGGACGAAACUUGCGCACAAAUUAUACCAUCUGUUCUUGCAUUAAAAGUUUUAUUACAAAAAGCUUCAUCAAGUGAUAUAUACGCUGGGAUUAUGACGAUGAUUGAUGAACUAAUAAAAUCUGUUACUAAAAGACUUCAUAAAUUUUUGCUUAAUAAAAUGUUAUGUGUAUCAACAUUUUUGGAUCCACGAUAUAAAUUACUUUAUCAACAUGCAGAUGAAAAUGUUAUUAAGGAGUGGGUUGAAGAAGCAUGGAAAGAAAUGCAAGGAGCGCAAGAUGUUGUUGACUCUGACUCCGACAAUGCUCCAAUAGUAAAAGCUCCAGCAUCUAAUGGAUUCAUUAGCAUUGAUGAUUGUUUUAAAGAUGUAGCUUCUAUGAGAACCGGAAGAAAGCAAAGUGAAAGACGUUCCGAGGCAGAAAGAGAAUUAGUAGAUAUUGAAGUUGUUACCACUGACAUAAUUAAAAAGCAAACAAUAUUAAAGUCUGCAAUUACUCAAGAAAUAGACAACUACUUAUCUCUGCCUCUUUUAGAAAAUAAAAGUUCUCCAUUUUUGUGGUGGAGUAAAUGUGGAAUGCAAUUUGAAAAACUAAAAAAGAUGGCAUUAAAAUAUCUUACAGCACCUCCGUCAUCAAUAGAAAGUGAAAGGUUAUUUAGUGCUGGUGGGGACAUAUACGAAGCAACAAGGAGCAGACUAAAAGCAGAUAACGGAGAAUACCUAAUACAGAUAAUUCUUGGAAAAAAAAAACCUACUAAUUUAACUACUGAGGUUAAUUUAGUUUAA